CGAACAGGAGGAGGGCGCGGUCGAGGUUGGCCGGAGAUGGGGCAAGGGCCGGGGACCCAGCAUGAGCACCAGGGAAACCAUCAGGAGGUGACGGGCGACUGGCUCUAUCCUCCCCAGCAGCCAGCCGCGGGCAGUCACUAUCGGCAAGGAUCAAGGAAGCCGCCACCCCCACCGAAUACAGGCAGGUAUGAGUACUAUAACCCUCUGUAUGAGAAUGAAGAGGAAUUGGUAUUUAGAGCUAAACCGCCAGUGAUAGAGUUUCCCAAAUUUGACGGCUCGGGAGAUGUGGGUUUGUGGUUGUAUGCAGCUGAGAGGUGGUUCAGAAACCACCCGAUCCGAGAAGAGAGGAAGGCGCACCUGGCAUCCUUCUAUCUCGAGGGGGAUGCGCUCCAGUGGUGGGAAUGGACCGAGCGGGCCUAUGCAGCAGCAGGUGAGUUCAUCUCGUGGCCCAGGUUCCAGGAUGAGCUACGCUACCAGUUUGGCAAGGCGGAGGGGUGGGCCCCGGAGCAGCUGGCCAAACUCAGGCAGACAGGGUCGGUGGCAGGGUAUCGUGCAGAGUUCCUUAAAUUGGGAAACCAGUGCAAGGAAAUGACGGAGGAGACCCUGGUGGGAUUGUGUAUGGCGGGACUCCGGCCAAAGCUGGCCACCGCCGUGAAGGUUUUCGAACCUGACUCUCAUCGAGUUGUUUUCAGGAUUGCAUGGCGCAAGGAAGAGGAGCUGGCUAGUUGGAGGACGUCGGCUGGGCGUAUCCAGAAGGCCAGUGGAGGAGUGGGAGCAGGAGCUGGGACCUCACCGCCGACGGGAAAUGCAAGCCCGGCGGCCACCGGCGCAACAGCAGCGAGCAGAUUCCAGUCGAGGCUGCCGCCAAAGGGGUUUGUCCGGCUAACGCAGGCGGAAAUGGACCAGAAGCGCAGAGACGGACGUUGCUUCAACUGCGACGAAAGGUAUACAGUGGGGCAUCAAUGCGCCAAGGGUCAUCUCAUGCUGCUGGUGGGGAAUUGGGAAGACGAAGGAGAGGAAAUGGAGGCGCGAGAAGCGGAAGAGAAGAAGGAAGAGAAGAAAGAUGGUCCACCUUGAGGGCAAGGUGGAUUCCAAGGGGGAUGGAAUGUCAGACAAUGAGUGUUUGGGGGUUUAUUUGUUAUAUUUGACGUUUUAUAUUAUGUCGGCUAUUUUGGGAACUAUUGGGGUUAAAUCGGUUAGGUUAAGUCUUUGGGUAGUUAUAGGGAAUUAGUCGGUUUAUAUAUAUUCUGUGUUAGGCAUAAGCUAGGGUUAAGCAAUAACAACAGAAUUAUUCCCUAAGCUCUCUCUCUUUCUAUCUCAGCCGAACCCCCUCUUCCCCCCCCCCCCCCCUCCAGCUCGUCGGCCACCAUCCCGGUGCCCGGAAAUCCUCUUUCUCAACCUUAAUUCCCAAAUUCUACCUCAUCCCAAAUCCCUAAUUCUCAUACCAAUCACGAUCCCCAAUCGCACACCUAGAUCCGUGCUCUUUCAGACAUCUGCCAAGCAACUUAGUCCUUUGAACUACAUUUGAUGAAAUGGAGGGAACUAUGUGAUUGUGGUGUGCAUGUUGUUACUCUGCUGGUAACUUCAAGCAAAAAUUACACCUUGAACGACCCAACCCUCACAAUCUAUUAAGACCACCAAAAGAAUUAAUGAAAGUGACCAAAGAAC